AUGCACGACUUUGGUGGAGAAGCCCUCGCAUCCUUGAGCACCGAAGACGUCGACUUCAUCAAAGCGUUGCCCAAAGCAGAGUUACACGCCCACCUCAACGGAUGUAUACCUCUGGAAUGCCUCCAAGAGCUAGUAAACCAACAUCCUGAGAUCACGAGUGGUUCAGACGGCGCAGUAGCAAAAGGGCUCAAGAUUCUGGAACAAGGGGUUGUAUUGAACGAGAUCAACGAGUUCUUUGAUCUCUUCCCGGCGAUAUAUGCAAUUACUUCCACUCCGGAUGCUCUCAAGAAGGCAACGCGUGCAACUAUUGCACAGUUUCUUGAGCCUGGGUCGUUGGGUGCAGGCGAACCUGCCCAGUGCACAUAUCUCGAGCUGCGCACGACUCCGCGCGAGAGCUCCUUUAUGAGCAAGCGGGAGUACCUGGAGACUGUUCUCGACGAGGUGGAGAAGUACGACAAAGAUAAGUGUAAUCUUAUCAUCAGCCUGGAUCGAAGAAUGUCGCCAGGUAUCAUGAUGGAGAACGUGAAGCUCGCAAUAUCAUUGAGAGAAGCUGGCCGCAGAGUGGUUGGAGUUGACCUAUGUGGUACCCCGAUGGCUGGGAAGGCAGAUGACUUUCUGGCCGCAUUCGAAUACGCUAGGGAGAACGGGCUCAAGCUCACGCUGCAUAUUGCCGAGACAAAGGAAAACACAGAGGAAGACACAAUGACUUUACUCUCCGCAAAGCCCGCACGCCUGGGUCAUGCCACCUUUCUGCACGAGGAAUCACUUUCAGUCGUCCUCAAUCACAAGGAGACCAUGGCAGUGGAGAUCUGUCUGUCGUCCAAUCUGCUGUGCAAGACAGUCGAGACAAUAGCGGAACAUCACAUUUCAUGGUGGUUGAGUAACGGGCUCCCAAUUGCCAUAUGCACGGAUGAUACCUUGGUUUUCCGCAAUUCGCUGGUCGAGGAGUAUGCCCUCCUUCUCGCGGCACCGCCAUUGGGGCUUGGACUACCACGCGAAACGGUGGCUCAGAUGGCUCGAAUGAGUCUACAAGUAGGGUUCCAUCAAUGA